GAGAGAAGGAGUUGGCGUGCGAGCUGUUCCAUAGUUCAGCAACGUGAAGGCGGCGCAGUCCCACCCGUCUGGACAUACAGACAACGGCUACCCGUACAACAACCUGCGGGAUAUGUGCAACGGUCUGAAAGCCUCACGCUCCCAUUAUACCUGCUCUGAAUGCCCAUCGCCAGGAGCACCAGGUGGCACCACGUGUCUUAGCGUCAAGCUGCUGGAGUACCUGGUGGCUCUCAAGAACAAGUACAGCGAUAUUUACAUCACUGAGCUGUGCGGCGCCUGUCACUCGUGUCAGUCUCGUCACUACUCGGGUCUGGCCGUCGACCUGGACAACCCCCCUGCCAGACGCGAGGGCUACCUGUCGCUGUGCUCCUCCAUGGGUGGCUGGGGACAGGACGAAGGCAACCACAUCCACUGUCAGUUCUACGACGGUCCCCACCCCAACUGGUAACCACACCUCGCGCCUCCUGUCUACUUGUCAGCCUCAACCCCUCUGACAACUGGCUACCUGAUGCAACCUUUGACCUCUCUUUGGAAGACACACGGCCAUCAUAACCUGGUGUCUAGAAACACCUGUCCGGUCUUUUGUACAUUGCAGCGCAUUUUGAAUUAGGAAAGUUUUAGCUAUUGUAUAUGGCAGCAAGAGGAAUAUCGACGAUCUAGAUGAGGUAGCAAUAUUGUUUUCAGUUUCAGCGCACUACACGGAAAUGUCAACAACAUCAUUAAUGUUUAUGUAGAAGAUUACGGGGGAUUUUCAUGUGGCUUUAUUGGAUAUUUGACACCAUGCUGACAAUGUGUAAGAUAGCGGAUAUAUUGGAUAGUUUGUAACGUGUAAACAUUAGGACAGUUAUCUUGUCUCUAUCAAAUCAGGAUUUCUCGAAAACAAAUAAAUAAAACUUUAUUACAAUGUUA